CAACGACGACUUCGACAGUUCGAGUGAUGUGCGAAUGUUGUUGACGGCGUCAGCGUCAGCUACGCCAAUAUUCUUCUAGUGUUCUCGGAUGCGACAAUGGAUUGAAGUGUGGGUAAUAUUGACGCUGGUGAUGUGUUCAACCGUUGUCGGCAGCAGACGAAUAAGAGAAAUCAUUUUUACCAUUAUCAUUAUAGUCGCAAGCAUCGUUAUCAUCGCUGGUGACGGUAACAGUGGGGAGCUGCCCCUGCGUACUAUGCUAACCGUAAAUGAUUGAUUGCUAUUGUUACCUCCACCUUAUGCAAUAGGGACCGACUGGCGAAAAAAGGUACAGACAGAAGAACGGGAACGAGAAUAUCGCAAUAGUAAUCAUCGACGACGACGGCGUCUAUGUUGUCGCUUUCAAAUCUGCUCUACCACUGUAACGAACAAUAUGACGACGUGCAGAAGUGUAUGAGUGUGUGGGUUCGUGGGUUCAUUUUGUCUCGAAGAAACGGGUAGAGGUAACAGCAGAGUGUAGUUGCAGCGCGUCCUCAACUUCAGCUGCUGCGACAACGAACAAGACGAUGCCAGUAAACGAUGACAGCUGAAUAAGUAAAGCCACUUGUAGACGAGACCAGCAGAGCCGAAAGCGUCGCGCCCUGUUACGAAGCUACACGCAAAAACCACCUGACCCUCAGCGGCGGUAGCAAUAAUAAGGACGGUAAUAACAAUAGAAAGGACCGGCCGCGAGAAGUAGGCCAGGUGCUAGCUGUAGGAUUCUGCCCGCACGCAGAAUACGGAAACAAAUUGGGACUGCUUUGUGUGCGUGUGUGUGUGUGUGUGUGUGUGUAUGGGUGUGUGUUUGUGUUUGUGUCAGUGGGUGAACGCAAGAGAAAGCGUUAAGGAAAAGAGCGGGAAGGAUACAUAGCGAAGCGGUUCCGCCUAGAGCGAAAGUGUACACGCAAGAAGCCAAACAAGAGCAAGAACCCAAAUAACUGAAGGGAAAGCGGCACUGAGGAAAAACAAGAGACAAAACGAAACGACCGUUGACAAUAUCUUUGCGUGGAACAAGCAAUAAGGUUCAGUUAUAGACGCUCUGCGUCAAACGUACGGGGUUAAACGCCGCCGUGUUCGAGCCCAGGGGCGGGACGAGAGGAUGCGCGAAGAGUCUCGACGCCUGCAUCUGCAGUUGCAGCUACUUCAAGACCAUCCGAACGUCCACCCCAACAGCACUACCACCCACAGCGAAUGAUCGGCGAUGCGGAGGCAGCAGCGCGGAGCUGAAGGCGGGGGCAUUGCGGCCCGGUGGAUCACUGGGUUGCGUAGAGUCGUGCGCCAGUCGGACAUGUCGGCAGCCAAGGGCCCAUUUCGCCUGUUCGGCCUACCGGGCCUGCGAGAUUUGCGGACCCUCAUGCUGAUCAAUUGGGGUCGCUCGCACCGAACGCGUUCGGCACACCACGCCAAAGUGACAACACUUCUUCAAGCCGCUGUGUUCUUUCAAGUGGCGCUGCUUUUUGGCGUUCUUGUCGGGCAGGCCGACGCGCGCGCCGCGCCCUCUCUCACGCAUCAUCAUCGACAUCGUACGACGGGCGGAAUGCCGGCACACGGAGAUCCACUUUUUGUACACACGACCAAGGGCCCUAUUAGGGGAGUGACCCUACAGGCUGCGAAUGGAAAGCUUGUCGAUGCCUUCCUAGGCAUUCCAUACGCUAAACCGCCGAUUGGCAAGCUACGAUUUCGGCACCCUGUCCCGAUGGAUCCUUGGGAGAAGCCGUUGAACUGCAGUGAACGUCCACCAACGUGCGUACAAGUGCUGGACACAUAUUUCGAGGACUUCGAAGGCUCAACGAUGUGGAAUGCCAAUACCAACAUGAGUGAGGACUGUUUGAAUAUGCUCGUGUGGGUGCCUCGGCCGAGACCGACGAACGCUGCCGUCCUGCUCUGGGUAUACGGUGGUGGAUUCUACUCGGGUACAGCGACGCUCGAUGUCUACGAUGGCCGAAUACUUGCCAGUGAAGAAAAUGUCAUCGUGGUGUCGUUCAACUACCGCGUCGGGUCGCUCGGAUUCCUCUAUCUUGACCAUACAGAUGCGCCAGGCAACGCCGGCCUCAUGGACCAGGUGAUGGCGUUACGCUGGGUGCAGGAUAACAUCCACUUAUUCGGCGGCAACCCCAACAAUGUGACGAUAUUUGGAGAAAGUGCCGGAGCCGUCAGUGUUGCGUUCCAUCUUUUAUCCCCACUGUCUCGUGACCUUUUUUCGCAAGCAGUGCUUCAGUCGGGAGGCGCUACCGCCCCGUGGGGUUACCAUGACCGCCAAACAGCCAUGACCAAUGGCUAUAAGCUUGCACAGGAGGUCAAAUGUCCGUCGGACGAUGUGGACGCCACCGUUAAGUGCCUUCGACAGCAAGAUCCCGACCUAUUGGUGCAAUCCGAGAUCUUCGCCACGGGAGUCGUAGACUUCUCUUUUAUCCCAGUGGUAGACGGAGCGUUCCUUACCGAGCGACCAGAGGACUCGAUGAACUCAGGGAAUUUUAAAAAGUGCCGAAUCCUUCUAGGCUCAAACCGCGAUGAGGGGACCUUCUUUAUCAUCUACUACCUAACGCACCUCUUUAAGCGGGACGAAAACGUCUAUCUAACCCGAGAGGACUUUGUCGAGGCCGUGACGGCUCUAAGCCCAAUUGCCUCACAAGUGGUGAAUGAGGCAAUCAUAUUUGAGUACACAGACUGGCUCAAUCCAGAUGAUCCGAUUAAAAACCGAGAUGCCGUUGAUAAAAUUGUUGGCGACUAUCAUUUUACGUGUCCUGUUGUCGAUAUGGCCCACUACUACUCAUCAGCUGGACUCGAUGUUUAUAUGUACUAUUUCGUCCAUCGGUCUUCACAGAAUAAGUGGCCCGAAUGGAUGGGAGUAAUUCACGCGGACGAGAUCGCGUACAUCUUUGGCGAACCGCUAAAUCAAACCUGGUCAUAUCGACAGGACGAGCAACAGUUCAGUAAACGGAUCAUGCGCUACUGGGCCAACUUCGCGCGCAUGGGAAACCCCAGUUUAAACCCAGAUGGCAAUUGGGAAAAAACGUACUGGCCAGCGCACACGGCAUUUGGGAAAGAAUUCCUCAUACUUGACGUUAAUUCCACUCAGGUUGGCUACGGUCAUCGCGCCAAAUACUGCGCCUUCUGGAAGAAUUACCUGCCUAACCUUAUCGCACUUUCCAACAAUAGCAGCAAGACCGAUCUGGACUGUGACGGCACGAACGCCUCCACACGCGGUACCACGUCACCCGGCGGACUCCUGCUCGUGCUGCCGCUGCUGACUUUCAGGGUGCUGCUCGCGUAGUCACGUCCUGUCCAGAAACCUCUGCGACUGUUGGUUUUCCCAGUCGUUUGACAGGGCUACCAGCACGGUCAUCACAGCAUUGCACCCGUACGCAGCAUGCCCCUUGACUCCAACGGCACGUCGCGCAUACAAGUUGCCUCUGGCGCUCGAAAAAUCGACGGAAGGGACGCACCGACAACACUGCUGAGCACUGAUAGAGUGAAUGCAAACCUUUGAAAAAAUGCACUAACUGAACCUUGGUAUAUACAUACAUGACCUAUAGCGCACCCAACUGCGACGCCAGUAUUCCAUUGUGGGGCAGAAAUAUCCCCCAUUCCACCUGAAGUCGUCUGAUAUACACAUAUAUAUAUAUAACAAGAACUGUUCUAAUUUCGACCGGUGCCGCAUCUCGGACAAUAUCUCCUACAAAUUCCCAGAACCGUGUUGUUUUUAUUUGCAUCAUUGCCCUGGCGGUUUGCGGAAUUAUGAGCGAAAACAGCUACCCUUUCUAUUACUUAUAGUUAGCACCGCUACUACCAUAACUAGUACUAUACUACUAAGGCUAUAAAUAACUACCAGUGACUAUUAUUACCAUUGAGGUGAAGCUGUGCCGCCCAUGGCGCCUCCCCAACGUAACCUUCGUGUUUAUGAAGUACAAAACAACUUAGCUGAAGUUGUUCUAAUUGCAACAAACAGCAAGACAAUCAUUUUCAGUGAAUGGUUUUGAACAUCAUAGAAUAAGAUGACGGGAAGAACUAUUAACGCGAUGAACAUACACCAUACGCUAACAAAAUCUGAUGAUAACUAAAGAACACGGUCGAUGUUGACAAACGACAGUGUCGAUAACUAUAUACGGCUAUGACAACCCUCUAAUAAUGAUGAUAAUACGAAGCACCUGUACGGAAGAACGAAGAAAGCUACAAAAAUACAAUAGUGAAUUCAAAAACAGGCAAAUAGAAAUUAGGGCGCGAUAAUAAUGUUAAGAAGUUGCGAGAAACGAUAACUCAAUAGUACUUAUCGAAACAAUGCCUAUCAUGAUACGAGAGAGACAGCAUUAUUUAUUAUGACAGAUAUGAUCACGGUGAUCAAAGCGUAAUGUUAUAUCACAACUGACCUUAGUUGUGGACAUCAGUGAUAACUAGGUAGAAGAUACUCGGGUCAGACGAGAAUGGAUCGAUUUUAAACUCAUACUGAUUAUGGAAAGGCCUUGCCUAUUUGGCCUAAGCUAACGUGGCUUCUGGUACGGCGGUGGCAGCUAUUGCCACCACGGGAAUACACAGGCACACGCAAGAAAAUCAUCGACUCGCUCUAGUCGCAUGCGAUAACCAGUUGUUAGGCGCACGGGGAAAGCAUCAACGAGUGUGCUUAACUUACCCAUUGCAACUAUCAAUAGGCAAUAUCCUACGUCAGUGUAUGAAGUGCAUAAAACGUCGCCUAAUAAGUGAGGGUGAAAAAUAUGAUGAAGAUUCAGUUCAGUGUCCGCUAAGUAAAAAGGCCGGUUGGAGCUGUGUACAUAGCGACCGAUGCAAGUUCGCCAAACAUGGCUUCCUCAUGCGGUCUACACCAGGCACGCAUCCAUAACAUGUUACAACUCUGUUGUUUGGUUCGCCCGCCCGGAUCGCGUGCGAAAGCUCAGCCGAUUGAAAGUAAAAUGCUGCCAGCAGUAAUGCAAGUUGUAGGUGAUUAUAGUAUCUGAAGCCUAGGACAUAAGUAUAUCUCUGGAUCAGAUAGCAAACUUCGUUAACUCUGUUCGUAUCGUAUGUAAAGCUUAUAUAUAAAUAUAUACAUAAUAAUAAAUAUUAUUAUAUAUAUUCUCUAUGAGAGUCGCCGCAGGUAUCCCUAAAAUCGCUGCCGUAAGCUGUUGUCUCUAUGACGCAUUGUUUUUUCUCCCAUUUGCUUCACUUUUCCUAUAGCCUAAAACGUAAUUCUCACGUACCGCACGGUUAGGCCUUAAGAGUUGUACGAUGCACUCAAGAUAAAGAUUAGAGCGUUUUAUUCGCAAAAUCAAAGGAUCACUGCUCAUCAAAGCUGGCCAGCUAUGAGCCCGCCAUAUAACUCUGGCACUUACUCGUCAGAAACAACCAUUGUCAGCCGCUUCGACUUUUCCCAAACGUUUUGCUAUUAUCUGUAAAUGGCCAAGUUCACUCUCCUAUGGGGUUCCUAACUUGUUUGGUCGCCUCGUUCCAGUUACCAGAUACAAUUCGUCCUGAUAGCGGUUUAUUAUUUGACAAGCUUAUUCGUACCACUGUCAGAACCCCUUCCAUAUUCUCCAGUGGGCAUACUGGAAGCCUGCUUUCCCAAUGCUUAUCGGAAUCGUCCUCACCGCACCCAGCAGAAUCGCUUGCUACCGCGUCCGCCAGAGGGGCACCGAGCGCUAUCCGACAUGUUUCCAGCUGAACAAACAAUAGCAGACGCUCGGCGCGUACAAAACGGCGGCCGACCAUGCAGAAGUCACAGUGGUACCUCGUUUUUAACUGAUUAUUAGUUAGAUGAAUAAUACGAACUACUAAUAAUUAUAACAAUAAUAGUAUCACUAUUAAUAAUGAUAGCACUAUUUAAUAUAUCGUUAGAAAAUGGGUCUGCAGAGAAAAGAAAAGCUGUGAGAACUAAUAGAGAGAGAGAGAGAGAGAGAGAGAGAGAGAGAGAGAGAGAGAAACGGCGUUAAUUAUAAUUAAGGGAUGACACGAAAGGUGAAUAACAUGAACAUUACUAUUGUUAUCAUUAAAAUAUAUCACACAGAUGUAAAUGCUAUAGCAAUGAAUCGCUGAUGGUAAUGACGGUAUAGUUAGUAAUAGAUUUGUGGUAAUAACAUGUACAACAAUACUUAAUCGUCACGGCCCAGCUCAAGGCCAAUAGUCGGUAGCAUCAUUAUGCAGUGCGCGAUUACUCAGCUCGAAAAAAACACGCAGAUUCGCACGAAGUAAAGGAAGUUCAGAUAGCCAGCCAGCCAGCCAAACGCGUGGAAAGAAAGACGAGCUACAUAUAGUAAUAUCAUACAGAAAUUGGCGUUUAGCGCUAAUGGGUGAGCUGCCCCCAGGAAUCUCGGCUAUGAUCCAGUAGUCAGCAGCGUUCCAGGUUGACGCUCAUUCCCAUCUGAUACAUGUAACGCUACUCUGGACUUCGUUCCAGUUGCACCACCCACUGCAGUUAAUACUCCUUGUAAAGCGGCGCAUGUCAUACGCACGCAACAUAGGACAACCCACCAGCGGAUAUAUCCAGGUCAGGCCUAACUGUUCUACAUUGUUGCUUGGAGAGGAACGGCCAGCAUACAGAUACGCAGGUAAAAUGGUGGCCUUCGUCACAAUCCCACAACGACAGUAGCGACGCCUAGGAACCCGCACGCAGGUAAUGCAAAUAAGAGCUUCGUUUGUGAAUUUUGUAGACGAACCGGAGUUUAACACUACCGGAAAUAGCAGAAUUCCUUUACUCAGUUGUUCACUAGAAGGCCAUACGUUACAAGCUCGCACUUGAAUAAAGCACACAUAAUGCAAACCUAACAACACACAAAGCUCUUUUUUGCAAAUGGUUCGUUACCUCACCUUGUAUAACAUAACAAUAUCGAACUGACUGAUUGUCUGAGAACGGCUGAACUGGCGUUCGGACACACCGAUGUUAAGCGUAGUCGAUUUGUAUGUAGAAAAACACGCAUAAUUUUUACGUCUAAUAACGAAAAACGAUUAUAUCGUAACGAGCGCUUAGAUAAGGAUGGAACGGAGCUGAUCGAAGUCUCUUACCAUCGGUUAUUGCCAAUAACGAAUGAUACAAUACGAUCAUAAAUCUAAUAACAAUAACUAAAUGAAAAUAACAUUCGAACUAAUAAAUAAAUUAAUAAACCAUUUAAAAAUGAAAAUAUUACUAUUUACAAUUAUAGUGUUAUCGAAUUGAGAUGUCGUCAUACCAUGGAACAUUACUCAGAGACGUUUGAUUCCGAGUGAUUUAUACGAUUUUUCGUAUUUAGUGAGAUAACAAACGCAAAAAAAAAUCUGCAUAAAUGUUGUCACAAUGAGAAGCGGGCACGUUGAUGCGCUACUAAUUCCAGUUGUACCAAUUACAAUUUAUUAUUACAAAAUAUACACCAACGUUACCUUAAAACCACGUAUAUACAAUUCAGUGCUAAAUGAACAAUACGGCAUUUCGGGGUGGGGGCAGCCGGCAGUGGGAUAUAGAACGCAUACACAGAACACAAAAUAUCGAACCAUCAUCGUUUAUAACAUGAUGUUUUUUUCCUCCUCUUUUCCCGUGUUCAGCACAGUUUUUUUAUCGUGAAAUAAUCAGGUCUGAUCUAAAAUUUUGCUUGAUUUGCAAGUAGUUCGCUAAUUUUUAAAUAAAUUCGUUGUCUAUUUUUGCUACAAUACAUAAAGCUCUUUUCAGUAAAAAAAAAAAAAAAAAAA